AUGUCAGCAAAAUCUAUCAAUUUGGAGGAGUUUAGAUCCUUAUUGGAUGAAAAAUUGGUUCCGUUGAAGUCAGAAAUUUCUGAACUAAAUUCGAAGAGAUCAUUUAUUGAUAUGACGAAUGAGAAAUAUGAAGAAGUAAUGAGCAUGUUAGCCGAAUGA